GAAUAAAAUCUACCAACUCUAUGGAUAGACGGGACGUUUUUCGGCCAUAUUUGUUAUUGUGCUCAAUGGGGAUUUAUUUAGAUCACUUGCUUCAUUUCAUACAAUAGUUUGUGAUGUAUUUUAUUUUCAAUCAUUCUUUUUCUGAACGUUUAUCCUUAAUUACAUAAAACUUCUUGAAAAUAUAGUUAUGCUAAUUUACUGACCGAAGUGACCCCCCCCCCUGUGGUAAUUCGCUGAAAUUAUUCAGCGGAUUUUAUUGUGGAAAUAUUUAAGUAAAUUAAGCUAAAGUGGCGGGGGCUUCAAAUAAUAAUGGCAAAGGGGGUCGCCAAGCUGCCCCAGUCGACGUGGGGUCUCCCCUUCUCGACUGGGAAGAGGGAGACCACUUUAGCUUUGAAGACUCUGAACGUUUUGAAGAAGAUUCUUUGUGUAGUUGGAGCUCCGAGCCUGAAAGUUUGUGUAAUAACUGGCGAGGAUGGAGACGACCAAAUCUUCAAAUGUCUUUUGCACCCCGAACUGUUAAGAAGGCCGUUCAAGAUAAAACUGUGUCCACUCUAAGUGAGCUAGCAGCAAAGUGUGUAGCAAGUCAUAUACCAUUUGAACUUGUGGAACAUGUAUAUCCACCAGUACCAGAGCAAUUGCAGUUACAAAUUGCAUUUUGGAGUUUUCCUGAUAGCGAAGAUGAUAUUCGGUUGUAUUCUUGCUUGGCUAAUGGGUCAGCGGAUGAGUUCCAGAGAGGAGAACAUCUGUUCCGCGAUAGAGCUGUUAAAGAUGUACUGCAAAUUGGCUUCCACUUGUCAGCAACAGUUAUCCUUACUAUGCCUCGUACUCAGUUCAAUGUAGCAGUAACAUUUGACCGACAAAGGAUAUCAUCAUGCAACUGUACAUGCUCAUCUAUGGCACAUUGGUGUUCACAUAUUGUAGCAGUUUGCCUCUACAGAAUACACCUACCAACACAAGUAUGUCUGAGAGCGCCAGUAUCAGAAUCUCUGCAACGGUUACGAAGAGAUCAGCUCCAAAAGUUCGCGCAAUACCUCAUAUGGGAGCUGCCUCGCCAAGUGUUACCAACAGCCCAACGAAUAUUGGACGAACUAUUAUCAGCUCAGCCGAAUCUUAUAAACACGACGUGUGGCGCUCCUGACCCAACCGCAGGUGCCUCGGCCUACGAAUACACCUCGUGGUUCCUGGACGAGAAAACUUUGCACAACAAUAUCAAUAAGAUUUUAGUCAAGUUCUGUGUUCCAGCCCCUAUAGUCUUUAGUGACGUAAAUUACCUAAGCACAAGCGCACCACCGGCGGCAGCGGAGUGGUCAUCGCUAUUACGACCUUUGCGCGGGAGGGAGCCAGAGGGCAUGUGGAAUCUACUGUCUAUAGUCAGGGAGAUGUUCAAACGCAAUGACAGAAACGCUAUACCACUUCUAGAAAUUAUUACUGAAGAGGUUAUGGCAUGUGAACAGAUUAUAGUGUGGUGGUACAGCACAAAGGCGGCGCUGGUGGCGUGGGGUGGAGGAGGAGGAGGCGGUAAACAUGGCGGUGGCGGAGGCAAUUCCGCUGCCCAGCAUGCUUGUUCGUCGCUAUGUGAUGAGGUGGUUGUAUUAUGGCGGCUCGCUGCAUUGAAUCCAGCUUUGGCGCCUCAUGAACGUGAUACACUGCACGAACAAUUUGCUCAAUGGCACAUGAAAGUCCUCGAUAAGGUGGCUAAGAAUCGUAACAACCAUAUGGGCAGUUCCUCGCAUACGCGACAUACUCGCGCGCACUCCCAUCCUCCAUAUAUCAAUGGCAUCAGCGAAAACGAAGUAUUUCCGGGAUUCCACCCAGCAAUGGAAGCAUGUUUUCUGGAAUGGGACGACUAUCAGAUACCAGGGGUGACAUACACAAAGGAUUUGAACCCGUUAUAUCACAGUCCAUUUACUAUAUUCAGACAUGCUGAUAAGCAGAGCGAGAGUGUUCAUCAGGUGAAUUCCUCCAAAGCCGUUUUAAAUAAUGAAAUGUCUCUCAGCUAUAGACUGACAAACCCUGAUACAUCGAUGCAGGGUCAUCGCACAAUAGUACAUAGAAAUAGUCGCAUUAAUGUCGAUUUAGCUAUUCCCGGACCCUCCGGCCAGCCCUGUGGUUCUGGGGAAGGUCCAAAUGAACCUCCACGGGAUUCUGGUCCCAGUGACGGUAACCAUUCUAGUGUAUCGUCGGAAGGUUUCUGUGAAAAUGAGGAGGAGAUCCUUCAGCAAAGCGGCGGAGACACUGACUCGCAAGAAUCGAGUUCGCCACCCGUAUCAUCGGACGACGCUCAACGACGAAUAUCGAAUGACGACUCAGUGUCGGAUGAUGACUGCAAUUUGUACUUUUACGAUGCUGCGGCUGCUCGCCGCGCGGUAUCAGGAGAAGGCAGUUCUGGGACCGCUGUUCCGUCAGGGUCUAGCAGUACGGGUGCAGGCGCCGGGUCGAGUGGUACUGCAGACGGCGCUACGCUGGAAGGCUGGGAGUGCGGCUGGGAGGUGUCGUUUGCACGCGCCGAGGGUUUGCAGGCCCACGGGCAUGCACGGGAAGCGUGCGCGCUGGGCGCGCGGCUGGCGCGCGAGCUGCUGGCGCGGCCGCCGGCGCUGGGCGCGGGCGCGUGCAGCGCGGCGCCGCACGACCCGCGCCGCGCGCGCCGCCGCCACGCGCCCUCGCCGCGCCUGUGCGCCGCCUCGCACCGCCUCUCCUGCCUCGCCUCCGCCACGCUCGCCAAGUGCGCCUUCCUCUGCACGGUUCUCGCGGAAUUCAGCGAGCAUCACGAAUUAGCGUUCCGAGUAGGUUUGUUUGCACUCGAGAUGGCCCGACCGCCCGCCAGUACGAAGGCUUUGGAGGUGAAGUUGAACAAUCAGGAGACUGAACUAGUCGCUUUGUUGAAGAAACUGCCGACAGGACCCGAGCAGCUUGCUUUAGCUCGCGAAAAGGCUGAACAACUUCGAGAUGGCACCCUGAGGAAUCGUGGCCCAGCUCUAUUGCCUAUUGCAUUGGCAAGUUUCUUGUUUGAUGUCCUCGUUUUAUCGGCAACUGACAAAGAAAAUAAACAUCCGGCAAGAGUACCCACUGAUGAAACCUUGGGUUUCGAAGCAGCUGUAGCUGCUUUAGGGCUUAAGGCAAAUGUGUCUGAAGCGGAACAUCCAUUAUUAUGUGAGGGCACUAGGCGCCAGCGCGGAGAGUUAGCGCUUACAUUGCUCUCUUUCUACAAAGAUGAUCCUGUUAAAUUGGCCAGGAUAAUGAAUAAGCUGUUGGACCGUGAAAUCCACCAGCUGACUAAGGGGCCGAUGGUGAGCAUGUACUACACGAACAACCCGCGCCUCUCCGCGUAUAGGCCUGAUGCUCCACUGCCGACAGCCUAUCCUCAACACCAGCAGCAUCCCCAGCAUCCGCAACACCCACAGCACCAGCAACAUCCGCAGCACCCGGCGCAUGCGCAGCUGUGCAUGCCACCGCCGCAACCUCAGUGUCCUCUGGUAGCGGAUAUGGAGCGGUUAGUGGUAGCAGAAAGCAGCAGCGGAUCUCCGCCUGCACAUCCACAUCCGCCGCAUCAACAGCAUCCGCAACACCCACAGCAUCCUCAACACCCUCAGCAUACACAACACCCGCAGCAUCCACCGCUAGCAAGACCGAAGGAUUCUAGAUAUAAAGGGAAACGUGUUUACCCGUCCGUACCGAAUCAACCAUCGGAAGCCUCAGCACAUUUUAUGUUUGAACUUGCAAAGUCGGUGCUUUUCAAAGCUGGUGGCUCAUCUAGUACCAGCCUCUUCACUCAAACUUCUUGCGCCAGAGAACAUCAUGGCCCUCAUAGAGGUUUACACAUGGCUGCAUUUCAGCUAGGUCUAUAUGCACUGGGCCUUCAUAAUUGCGUUAGUGCAAACUGGUUAAGUCGCACUUAUUCGUCACAUGUCAGCUGGAUCACAGGACAAGCAAUGGACAUAGGUGCGCCAGCCAUUCUAUUUCUUAUAGAUGCUUGGGAAGGACAUCUGACGCCACCAGAAGCAGCUGGUAUUGCCGACAAGGCUUCAUCAGGACGUGACGUGGCGACGGUUCGCGCGGCGGCUGAGCUAGCCCUAUCAGUGUUACCGCAUGCUCAUGCACUUAAUUAUAAUGAAAUCCAGCGAGCCGUGCUGCAGUGCAAGGAACAGAGUGAUGCCAUGCUUGAGCGUGCCUGUCUUACCGUAGAGGCUGCCGCUAAAGGUGGCGGCGUGUACCCCGAGGUGCUGUACACAGUGGCGCGGUAUUGGCACGAGUUGUACCUGCGGCAGGCCAGCGAGGAAGAACCUCCGGACGAACCGCACUAUCGCGCGCCGCCACCCGUUGCGCUACCUGUGCCGUACCCGCUGCCGUAUCCCUUCACUUACCAUCCAUAUCCGCCGCAUAUAUAUCAGCUACAGUACGGCGGUGCGCCCGCUCCGCAUCCGGGCGCGCAGUACGCGCUGCCGCCGUACUUCGUGCGCGGGCUGGUGGCGCCCGCGCCGCCGCCGCACCCGUCGCUGCCGCCGCACGCGCCGCACGCGCCGCACGCCGCCCACGCGUCGCACGCCGCCCACGCGCCGCACACCACCCACGCGGCCCAUGCGCCUCAUCCGCAGCCGCACCCGCAACACCCGCAGCACAUUGCGCAUCCGCCGCCCAUCGCUGUCAAUCACCCAGCACCGAUUCCACCGCCAAUGCCGGCGGCCCACAGCAGCGUGGCCAACGUGAGCCUGCCACCGGGUGUGGCUGCGGUGAGCGCUGUGAGCGCAGUGAGCGCAGUGAGCGCAGUGAGCGCAGUGAGCGCGGCCAGCGUGGCCAACGUCAGCGUCGCCGGCGUCAGUGCGCCCGCGCCCGCCCCGGGCCCGCCGCCGCUGCCGCAGGCGCAGCUGCGGCGACUACUCGCCGCGUACAGGGUCGGCAUGCUCGCCUUAGAAACGCAGGCUAGGAGGGUUCACGACGACCGACCGCAGAACAAGUUCGGCAGGAACCCGCCGUACGGCGAGCACGUGAAGUGGCUACUGCGCAUAUCGAAGCACCUGGGCGCGCAGUACUUGCACCAGUUCUGCGUGUGCGCGGUGAACUCGGUGGUGUCGCCGUUCGUGCUGUACGAGCUGUGCGUGGAGUCGGCGCACUGGCUGGCGCGCGGCGGCCCGCACCACCUCGUCAUGCAGCACCUGCGCGGCACGCUCGCGCCGCUCGUGCAGAAGUGCCAGCAGAUGUACAUCCAAUGCAUACAUCAAAAGUUGUACCACUUGACAUCGGUGGAGUAUGAAGAAUUUGUAAGCAUCGUCCUAUCUGCGCGAACAGCCUUCCAAUUGACACCGGAAGGUAACACACAGUUCAAAGAGUGGCUCGCGUCUUUGCGCAGGUCAAAAUCAUGCAAGAAAGAUCUAUGGACGCAACUGAACGCGGCACUGCAAACGAACGGCAAAUGACGUCGGCAGCCGAUAGUUUGUAUGGUGCGGUGCUCCGCGCGCAAACUGUCACACUACAGGCGAUGGCCGCGAUACCGGCUCCUAUACCAUCUACAUACUCUCUAACUAUAUUAUAAGUUGUGCUAUUUGUAAUCUCGGUGUCUGAAGCGGACGUGGGCACGGUCAGCCACAGCCGUCUUUUUUCUUGACAGAAACAGAAGUGUUUCAAUAAUAUAGCAGUUUUGACACUUGUCUCUAGUGCACUAUAGUCAUUCGAUCCGAUUAUUUGAAUGCAUUAGAGAUAACGAUUAUGAUUUAUGACAUUAAUAUAAAAGUGAAAGUCAUGCAUACGGUGCAUAAGAUAUAUUUAUAUAUUUAUUGACACUUUUAUUACAAAUAUCACAAUUUGCGUAUUGAAAAUGAUGGAAAUACCUCUGUUAGUAAUAGUUUAACUUGAUUAGAGGGUAAUCGAUCUCAGUAAAAACAAACGAACAGAAUAUUGAUCAUUGAAAAAUGUUGCUAACUCCUAAACGCGCGUGAGGUUACAUCUAGUAAGAUUGUUUUUCACAUACCAAUCCCUAUUGUAGAAAGUGUAUCAAUGUGGAGUUGUUAGGAUGUUGGCAAACCAUCCAUCAUCGAAAACUAGAUCUCAAUUUGUACAUAUUAUAUUCGUAAUUAAUCCAUUUCUCAUUAUCAACCAUUCACUUCCUUUUUAUCACUAACACGGAGAGGUUACAAGCUCAUAUUGAAGGUUGUGCUUAAAAUAGUCGUGAGAUUUGGUUGUAAUUGGUACUCUAUUAUAAGACAGUUAAAGACUAUCGCUGCUUGAUUAACAAAGGAGUUUAGCAACAUUUCACUAAUUUGCAUUAUAAAUGACGGAAUGACAUCUCGACUUAGUUGUAUGACAUCUUUAUUUAUUCUUUUUAUCUUAUAGUGUAUUUAUUGCACAAAAUCUUAGUUUUUCGUCCGCUUUACUACUUGACUGUACUAUUGGCUAGUCAGUUUGUGGAUCCGUCGGAGACCAGCGGGGCUUCAGAUGAGCUCAUUUAGUUUUCAUAUAUUAAUAUUAAGGAAUUAGUUUGAAUUUUAUACCUUUUUUUUUUGUUACUAUCGCAAUUAUUAUUAUGUUGUUGGUAUUAUAAAAAUUCACGAAUAACUGGUUUUAUAUUUAUAUAUAAUUUGCAAGUAAUAAUUCCAAAUAUAAUAUGCUCGGUGGACAUUGUGUAUUAAAUACAUCUGUAAAGACAUAGCAAAGUGUAUGGCCUCUGUAGUGCACUGACUCUGUAGUGGGGGGUCUUCAUCUAAAUGAAGUUUCAGGUUUGAUUCUCGGUUAGCUCAAUUUAGUAACGAACUUUUCUAGAUAGACUCAGGACUAGGUGUAUUUUUAUUUUUGUGUUUCCAUGUUACAUGUUAUCUUAGUCGGAGGCCCAGGCACUUGGUGUUGUAUUGGCACUUUUUAAUAGAAAUUGAACACUGAUAAAAAAAAAAAAACAUUCGUAAUCAUAAUAAUAAAAAAAAAUGAAUGAAUAUAAAUUUUUACCAGAUAUCAACAAUGGACAUACUAGUCAUUUCCAAACUGUCUUGUUGCCACUGGUUUUAAUAUUUUGGCAUGGCUCUGAAUAUUGAAAUAAAAAUCUUUAAACUUUUAGUUUAUUAUGAAGAAAUUUUGAAGAAAAAAAUGUAUAAGUCACAAUUGUCCACCAGAUAUUAUCUGUACGAUUAAACCAGUUUUUAUUUAGCGAAUUAUUUUGAAGAUCUCUUGUCAUAAUGUUAAUGAGUAAGUGUCUAGAAAAUAUUGACUUCGCUCAUCAUGUAUUCUCCUUUCAUUGUUUAGUAUAAUUUUUUAUUAAUUUUCUUUUCUGUAUUAGAGCAAAAUAUCGGUUAUAUUUACGGGAGAGUGUAUUAUGCAUAUUUUAAAGUUUUUGAGUAUUUUAUGCUAACAUAUGUUAAGCUUAGUGUUUGGGAUGUAAUGGUUACGUAAAUAUGGUUUUAUUAAAAUAAAAAAAUAAAACAUGUGUAAACCGACAACUAUAUUGACAUUACUAUAUCUUAAAAUCUAUUCGGUAUAUAUAAAUAUUCAUAGACUCUCUUAGGUGUCAUUAAAGUUGUCGCUUUAUAAUUGAUUGCAACUUUGGACAUGACAAUUUUAUUGUCUAAAAUGAAUAAGACGUUUCAAAAUUAUAACAAUAGUCCAUAUUAUAUUGAGGAUUGGCUUAAGAUGUUUCAAGUGACCUAAAAUAGCGUCAUUAGACUACAGAAUAUUAGACAGAAUGUAGGCGAUGACCGUCGAUACACUAUUUUUGAUAUUCUCUUGUCGAAAUUUGCAGUUUCAUGAAUGUUUAUGUAAUACGUCUUGCGGAUAUAAAUGUAGACGUGCGUUCGAUUAACUAUAGUGACUUUAUUUACACGUUUAUAUAAUAUUAUUAUAUUGUAAUGCAAAGUAGCAUCUUGAGAGCCUUCGGAGUAUAAAUAUAUAAUGUAAAGUACGAGCGCUGGCAACAAAUACAAGCAUGGUAUUAAUUUGACAUAUAUAUUCUAUUUUGCUUUAUUAUUAGCUAUUUCAAUAUUCUGGUUUUAGUUGGUCAUAAUACUGAAUCGGUAUACGUUUUGAUCCAACUUUUCCAUUAUGGCAGUAAAAUUACUGGUUACAAAGACAACAAUUUAAAUCUGAAGAAUGGUAAUACAUCAGUCGUUUCAUGAGCCUCAUAGUGUAUCUUUUGGUGUUCAUGGUGAUAUCCUCAUCUAUAGGCGACAGUUAUCACAUCCUACUGGGUGGGCUUUAAGCUUGGUUACAAUUUUAAAUCUUAUAGCAACUAUUAUGAUUGAUAUCAAAUAAUUGUUUCUUAUAAACCACUAAGUAAGGUAUGAAUAGAUUUGGGAAUAGGAAUGUGAAGACAUAUUUAAUAUUUUAAGUUUGUAUUUGCUGAAAAUCAUUCCAAAGUCAGAUAGACUUAUAUACAUUAUCUACCUACGUAUAAUAGUAACUUGUGUACUUUGUGUCCCAGUAUACUAUUUAUUGGAAUAUAUUAAGGAUCUCUGUAUAAUAAAAUAAUACAAAAUAUACUAAAUAAGAUCUUCCAACCAUGAAGCAAUAUUAAAAUAUCAUUUUAUAAAUGUAUUUAAUAAUGAUUGUAAGCUAUCUAAUUUAUAUCAUAUAGCGUUUUUUACAGUAUACAACAUUAUAUCGAAUACACGGAAAAUGCAUAAGUAUUAUAUUGCGACGUACUAUUUUAACUGACACGUAUUUAUAUUCAGUAUAAAUAAUUAAAUUAAGAACGUACAUCAAAUAAUAGCUACCGUAUACAUAAAAUGGAAGUGUCAAUCCGACAUCGUAUAUAAAAUAUGAAAUUGCUCAAAUUAAAUACGGAAUGUUGUGUGGAAAGUGUAAUACACAGCGGGAUGUUAUCGUGCCUAUUUUAUAUGUCGUCGGAGCAAAGGAAAACGCAUCCGUUUGUGCCUUGACAGCAAAUGCAGUUAGAGGUUUGCGUAUCCUAGUAACAUAUUCAUAAGUAAACAAUCGACAAUUCAACUACCUUUUAUCAUGAUAAUAUAUGGUACGAAAGUACAUCAACGAAUUAUUAUCGUGAGUAUAAUAACGUUUAGGGUCGCGACCUUCUGAAUAUCUAAAAAUAGUUAUAUUUGUACGUACAAAGUUUGUAAGUCUUAAGCGCUGCGUUGGUAGAUUUUAUGCAAUGAUAUCUGUCGCUAUAUUAUGAUAUUUUCCACCAUACGAGUUUUUUUCUCUCUUAGAUUCCGUGUGACAUGACUAACCUACUUUUUUGUAGCUUUUCCAGGUAUAAUUUCCCCAUCAUACAGCGUGUCGGUAUUUAUUAUAUUUAUAUUUUGAUUAUAGAAUACUUUAAAAGUAUUUUAUCUAAAGAGUCUUUCAAAACAUCUCUUAUAAUUACGAUCACAAAUUCUAUAUACGGGUAAAUUAUUAUUUAUAAAAAAUAAAACAUUAUUAGAGAUGUGAUUGCGUUUUUAAUCAUGUGCCAAAAGUAAUACUAUGCCAAAACAGCGUGAAAAUAUUGAUAUCAGUAAAGAGAAAAUAACAAAUAGGAAGAUUUUAACGUUCUUAUCAAUUAACGCUUGUGGUCGCGACCCAUCAGAUUAGAUACGAUACAGUUUUGUCGUUCGUGUCACAUGUAUGUUGCCCAGCUUUCUCUUUUAGUAUAAUAUUCCCUAGACAUUAGAAUAGGCAAGAUUGAAUACAGUGUUCAUCCUUAAUACAAAUCUGACAUUGGAAUGAGGCAUUUGUUGCCAGACGAGCGUCCAAGUAGUUUUAGUUCAAUAUCUUUAUAAAAUAGAUGUUUAUGUGCAUUCAUUAAAGUGUGAAUGUUUUCAGCAUUCAGUAGAUAGUAAAUUAUUAGAAUGCUAGUUAGUAUAAAUUGAAGUUCGUACAGUUUGGAUGGAAGCUAAGCAGUUUUGAUUUCGGAAUUCUGACUGGACUGAUUGGUUUGGUUUCAAUAGUAUUCCUUGGUAGAGUAUUUACGAUUGAUUGUUUUUGUCUACUACUAUUUAGCACAACAGUUUUGCUGUAACCGGCUCGUUAAUAAUGCACUUUGAGUUCCAUAGCGUAAUCGUCGCAAAGCAAUUCCAGAAAUGAGAUUAAGCUUUUCUUCAUAAAGCUCGUAAUCAUAAUUAAAAUUCGAGAUAAUGUGAUUAAAAAUGAGUCUUAUUUUCUUUUCUAUUUUGAUAAUAACAUAAAAUUGAACUGAAAUGAUUUUUCAUUAAAAUGCGUUAUUCGAAAUUACUAUUUUACUUUUCAUUCUUUUACUUUUUCUGUGUUUAGGUAUUGGUAUGCCCAGUAAUUUGACAUAUAAUUUGUUAUACAAUAAUUGUAGAUCGAUUUACAAGUCUAUUUCAAAUGAUUUAGAAUCCAUAAUGUACUAUAACUUAUUGCAUCGUUUCUUUGCGACGAACGAGCGAAACGUACAGCCGUUACUUCUUCAUUAAGAGUACGUAAUUCUUCGAAAAAUCUUGUAAACUUAAGCACUUGCACUCAGAGAUUAUAUUUAAUAGAGUGCAUAAUUUUUGGGUAAUAUAAUAGUUUCUUAAUAACUUGCCGUCCAUGGUUACUUUGCAUAUCUGCAUCUACUUACAUAAUGUUUGUGUUUGCAGCGUUUCCUACUUAGAUGACUAAAAUUACCAAACAUAUUUACAUUUAGAUAUUGCAGUAUUUAAUAUUACUGUGCUCGUUGGGCAUUAUUAACAAUUUCUGUUAUAGUUUUGUCAGAGAGCAUAACACUUCUCCAUAUGACGAAAGAGUGCUUUGACAUUUGUCUGAAAAAACUAUUUUUACACUUUAAAGCGUAUUUAAUAAUAAAAAAAAAAAAAGAUAAAUAUAUCGUUAGUUUCGUAAUAUAGAAUGUUAGUACGGAGCAUAUUUUAAUUAGACUUUUAAUGCAUGUUCAUAGUUGUAAUUUGCCCGUAUUCGGCAAGUUUGUGGGCCGUUUAAUGAGUGUUGUGGUAUUUUGAUUUGCAGAUUAUCGAUAUCACAUAUCCGUUUGUAUUUGAUUUAAAAACUGUACCUAUAUAUAAACAUGUUAUUCAUACAAUAUAUCGGUAAUAGUUCAAGAGCAUGAUGCCUUUUGUUCUACAAUACUAUUAUUGGUAACAGUGAAUCAGGUGUACCGAAACACGAUGUGGAUUGGACAUACUAGUGACUGAAGUUUACAAAUAAAGUCAAGUAUUGCAAUAUCUCAGUUCUCGUUAAGAUUUUUACUGACGGCGUAAAGCCACGAGUGCCUAUAUCUAAUAGAACAACUUAUAUAUCCCUGUACUUUAGAUGUGAUGAAUUUCUUCGUAUGUCUUUUCCACACUUGUCUAAAUAUUUAUUAACUAUUAUAUAUAUAAUAUGAUUAGAGUAUAUCCCCAAAGAAAUGAGCAAAUGAAAUGUAAUUACAACGGGAAAAGAUUGUACCGAAAUUGACUCUCUUCCAUCUUGUAGUAGUCGUUAGGUACAUGUAAUUUUAGUCAUAUAUUGCAAACAGGAGUUCUUGAACGUCAAGUCAAAACAACUAUGACGUUGUUCGUUUAAAAUCUGUAUAUUUUGUCCUGUAAUACUCAAGAAAAUGCUAAACACUACGUCACAUCACAGUCGGUUAGGUAUCGAGAGUUACAGUAUAGCAAAUCUAUUUAGUUCUAAAUGAUGCAUAAUUGUUUUAUACAUCACAAUUUGUAGUUUAAUUACACUUUGUAAGUGUGGUGUCUCCGCCUAUUAAAAUAUGUAACCAUUGCAGUGUUGAAAUGGCUACCUAUUAGUGUACGUAAUAAAAAUAGAAUGGUAAUUUUAUUAUUCAUAUAGCAUACAUAUUGACUCAUUUGCAAAAGGUACAGUGAAGAAGACAUUACUGUUUGUUAGCGUAUAUAAACUUUUUAAUAUCACAAGUUAAGUUUAUGCUCACAGUUGCAUUAUAGAUUUUUUUCGAAGUAAUUGAAGUCUAUUUAAUGAAUAAAUUUUACAAACAGUUCUAUCUUCGCGCCGUUUUUUUUUUUUUUGGUGUACACUGUCCACCAACAUCACAUUGCAGCAUGCAGGAUGUAAGACUGACAAGAACACUGAAAUAGUCGAAUGUGAAGUCUUAUUUAAAGAUCAGGGUGUCUGAAAACAAUAUAGUUAUUACAAAACCGAAUUGUCUGUCACUCUCAUAUGUACGUCUUAAAAUUGUUUCAUGACAUCCUGCAUAAAUAUAGAAGUGCCCAUACAUUAUAUAAUAUUUAUUGAUAUAGCACUAGACAUUUUGCUCCGUUGUCGCAAAUGGUUGUAAUUAUAAAAAUAUAGUUAAUAUUAAUUAGUAAAAUGAUAGACUGUUUUGCACGAUUUCUGGUUUGAACGUGUCGAUCCUAACAUGUUGUAGCUUCUCAUGCAAACAAACAUUGUUAUUGAACACUUUGUGAUGACAAGUUUCAAGUUCGCAUGUCAAUCAAUAACGUGUGGUACAUACGAUAUUUUUAUCUAUUUGCAAUAUACCCACAUAUGUAUAAGAUUGUAUGUUUCCAUUCGAACUCGACAUAUUUUGACCUCUAGAACAUUUUUAUUAUUACUUUUACGAUUACACAUAUAAGUCUUUUUUGGCAACAUAUUUGAAGUAACAUUAUUUAAUUAUUCAAUAUACUUAUUCUAUAUUUAAAA